AUGGUUAAAUCAUAUUUACGAUUCGAGCACUCCUCAACUUUUGGCGUCAUAGCUUCAGGCACAGCAAACACUGUCUGGACUGCCGGAGCAACAACUCCCGCACAAACAAAGACCACCAGCGCCGGCCGAGCAGUCGCCCCUGCGAACGAGGAAGUGCUAACAUGGGAUAUCAAAAAAGGCGAACUCCUCUCGCGCUGGCGGGACGGAAAAUGCAAAGCGGAGGUCUCGGCCAUUGCUCAGUCCCAGGCUGAUAAGGAUGUUUUCGCUGUCGGCUAUGCCGACGGGUCGAUCCGGCUGUGGGAUUCGAAGACUUCUGCAGUGGUUAUCUCGUUCAAUGGGCAUCGGUCGGCGGUUUCUACGUUGGCAUUUGAUCACUCGGGGACUAGGCUUGCGAGCGGGUCGAAGGAUGCGCAUGUGAUUGUCUGGGAUCUGAUUUCCGAGGUGGGGCUGUAUAGGCUCAAAGGACACAAAGAUCAGGUCACGAAAGUUGGGUUUUUGAAAGGGCCUGAGGUAGUGGAAGGGGGGAGUGCGGAGGGUUGGCUGGUUAGUACUGGGAAGGAUACGCUGAUCAAGUUGUGGGACCUCACGACGCAGCAUUGUGUAGAGACACAUGUUGCACACCACGGGGAGUGCUGGGCUAUGGCGCUAUCGCCGGAUGAGAGGGGGUGUAUCACCGCUGGGAAUGGCGGGGAGAUGAAGGUUUGGGCUGUCGAUACUGCGGGAUUGACGUCGAGAGUUAAGGGAAAGUCGGAUUGCCUGAUUGACCGGGGGACCAUAUACCGGCAGAACAAGGAUAAGGCCAUUUCUAUUACUUUCCACCCAAAUUCGAACUUUGUGGCAAGUCAUGGCGCGGAUAAAAGUGUUGAGAUAUGGCGGAUACGAACGGAGGAUGAGGUUAAAAAGGCGUUGAAGAGGAAACGGAAGCGGAAGGAAGGGAAGGCGAACAAGAGGGAUAAAGCCGAGAAGACGGAGGAAGAGUGUGAUAAUGUUCCGUAUGCCGAAGUUGCAGAUAUCUUCGUUUCGUAUGUCACCGUGCGGACAGGUGGGAAAGUCAGAUCAGUGGAUUGGACUACCCGGGGUGGUAAGGAUACUGUACAGAUCCUAGUGGCCUGCACAAACAAUACACUAGAGUACUACGAUAUACGAAAACCAGCAAGAAAGGAAGGAAGGAAGGAGCAGGAAGUGCCGGAGUAUAACAAAUUAUACGCUGUAGAGCUUUCGGGACAUAGGACAGACAUCCGCGCACUGUCUCUGAGCUCUGAUGAUCGGAUGCUUGCUUCUGCGUCAAGCGGCUCUCUGAAGAUCUGGAAUGUGAGGACUUCAACUUGUAUAAGAACUUUUGAGUGUGGGUAUGCUCUGUCCUGCUCGUUCCUCCCCGGCGACAAAAUCGUCGUUGUGGGUACAAAAACUGGAGAGAUAGAGCUCUUCGAUGUAGCUUCGUCAGCAAUGAUUGAGAGUAUCAAGGCACAUGAAGCUUCAAUUUGGUCACUUCAAGUCCACCCAGAUGGCAAAAGCCUUGUUACCGGAAGUGCAGAUAAGAACGCCAAAUUCUGGAGCUUUCAGAUUGCGCAAGAAAGUAUCCCCGGAACCAAGCGAACAACACCCCGACUGAAGCUGGUUCAAAGUCGAGCUCUUAAGCUGUCAGACGAUAUCCUGAGCGUCCGCUACAGCCCUAACGGGAAACUCCUUGCGGUAGCCCUCCUCGACAAUACCGUCAGGGUAUUCUAUGUCGAUACCCUCAAACGCCUUCUCAAUCUCUACGGGCACAAGCUCCCGGUAUUAAGCAUGGACAUAUCUUCAGACUCCAAACUUAUCGCCACCUGCUCAGCAGACAAAAACGUCAAGAUAUGGGGCCUAGACUUCGGCGACUGUCACAAGAGUUUCUUUGCCCACCAGGAUAGUGUAAUGCAAGUGGCCUUCGAAAGAAACUCCCACAACUUUCUCUCAGCUGGAAAAGACCGCCUAAUAAAGUACUGGGAUGGCGACAAAUUUGAAAACAUCAUCAAGAUGGACAGCCACUUUGGUGAAAUCUGGGCACUGGCAGUAGGAAAGGUUAGCGAGAUUGUCGUAAGCGCAAGUCACGACAAGAGUAUUCGAGUAUGGGAACAGACAGACGAUGAGAUCUUCCUGGAAGAAGAACGCGAAAAAGAGCUCGAAGAGCUUUACGAAUCAACCCUAACAACCUCCCUCAACCAAGACGAGACCCAGGACGAGAAUGGCCCCGAGGCUACCUCCGCUGGAAAACAAACCAUCGAAACUCUCAUGGCCGGAGAAAAGAUUAUAGAAGCCCUAGACCUCGGAAUGGCCGACAUGACCAUGAUGAAAGAAUACGCAGCUGCCAAAAUCGAGAAACCAAACCUCGCCCCACCGCCUCGAAAUCCAUUGUACAUUGCCCUGGGUGGAAUAAGCGCAGAAAUGCAUCUUCUAAAUACAAUCCAGAAAAUAAAAGCAAGCCAUUUACAAGAUGCGCUAUUAGUCCUCCCAUUCGACAGAGUCGCCCUCUUCUUGAUAUUUUUAGACAUCUUCGCCUCAAAGCAAUGGAACAUCCCACUGACCUGCCGCAUCCUUUUCUUCCUCCUAAAAACGCACCACAAGCAGAUCGUCGCGACAAAGACCAUGCGUGUGCUCCUCAGUAGCGUUCGCAAGAACUUGAGAACCGCACUCAAGAGUCAGAAGGACCAAAUGGGAUUUAAUCUUGCUGCGGUCAGGUUCGUCAAGAAUGGAGUUGAGGCGGCGGGGAAAAGUGAUUUUGUGGACGAGGAGGCUUUUAGGGAGAUGGAGGAGAGGGGGAAGAGGAAAAGAGCAUUUGCUACUUUGGCUUAA